AUGGCCGCAUGCCAGACAUCUGACGUGAAGUCAUGCACUUCGCUCUUUGAACCCUUUACCUCAAUGGAAAUUGAGUCAGCCCUUGAGUCAAUUGGCACCCAAGUGUCCUGUGAGCAGUUGUGGCUCCCUGUAGUGCGUUACCAUGUAUUCCGUCUGAUGUUGGCUCCUGCGAUCGAAACAGUCAUCUUGUUAGAUCGCCUGUUGUGGCUACAGGAACGAGGUCACCCAUGCUGUCUCGUUCGUCUCUUCGAUUACGGCAUAUCACCUCGAAACUUGGCUCUCGUGGCACUGCGGUUCUGA